UCGCCUACUUCUCUUCUGCUACUGCUUUGACUCACCUCCACCUUUCCAAGAUGUCUUGCUGCUGUCCAUCCUGCGCUGUCCCAUCCUGCCCCAAGCCUUGCUGCUGCCAACCUUGUUGUUCCCCAUGUAGCUACCCCACUGGUGGCCUGGGCUCACUUUCAUGCUGCUCCAACUCAUGCUGUGGCAACACAGGCUGUGGCAACUCAUGCUGUGGCAACACAGGCUGUGGCAACUCAUGCUGUAGCAACACAUGCUGCGGUAACUCAACAUCUGCCCGUAGCCUUGGCAUCACCUGUGGGGCCCACAUCGCCUGCAUCAACCAAAUCCCACCAUCCGAAGUUGUGAUCCAGCCACCUCCUUGCAUUAUCACCAUCCCAGGGCCCGUUCUCGCUGCCACCUGCGAACCUGUUCGUGUGGGAGGGUACACUGCCUGUGGUACCUGCUGCCCCCCUUGUGGUCGCAUCUGCGGUUCUUCCUGUUAAGAUGAAGAGGACGUCUUCGCCGGAUUGGGAAUGAAACGGCUACCUGAAAAACACGGAACAAAUUGAUGGCAGACAACUUCACCAGUGAGGGCGUCAGAAACAGUGAUGCCUUCCAAUUUAAAUCAGGACUCAUUGGUGUUCCACAAUAUGUCUAAUGCCCAUGUCCACCGACAUGCGAUUAAUAUGUAUUCCCGCUACUAUCACUUCUAAAGUUUUCUUUUCUCUAAGCUAUAUUUCAUUUUCCUUCACUCAUACUGUUUAGGAGACCAGAAGGGUGUGAACAUCUUCCCUCUGCGGGUCUUCAAAUAUUCCAGGACCCACAAAGGUAUUCCUGCCAGAACAGUAUCCUGUAUCUAUUUCUGUAGUCAUUUGCUUUGAACCUUCCAAGUUAUCCCAGCUAAAUGGGCAGUGGAAAGGCCACUGCUUGCUGUGUCAAGAAUGUACGUUUGUCCACCAAGAAACUGCUUCACUGCAAAUGACGUA